GUCCAAACUAAGACUGGUUUAAUGUGGUUACAGGCUUGAUUUUCUAAGACUACAACAAAUAUCUUUUUCUAAAUCUAACUAAAGUAAUUUAGGCUACUCAAUUACUGAUUUUUUAAAUGUUUUAUAACUAGCCCAAAACUAAAUCUUCUUAGACUUAGACUUAGUGGCUUAGACUUAUUUAAACUUAAUAAGGGCUACUACUUUAACUUAUUAAAAUUUAAAAGUUAGAUUUAGAUGGUUUAACUAUUAUAUUAAUACUUUAAACUUUAAUGUGUAGGCCUAUACUAUACUAUACAAAUUUAAAAGUUAACUAUUGAUAAGACAUCAUGGCUUACUGACAUCAUAAUCUAGUAAUAGCAUUAACAUCAUUAUUUGUUGAGAUUUAGAUCAGCAGGCUACUGUUAUUUUAAUUACGGCAGUGUCAACACGUCCAGCGACCGAUCGGACAAAUAGUGCGGAAGAUAUUCAUCCGGUGGGCAUGUCACGCUUUAUUUAACAUUGUCAUUUUUUAACCAUUUGCCAUUUGUUCAUUAUAUAUGUGAAAAUAUGAAAUUAAAUUAAAGUUAAUAGUAGUAGUAGGUUUAAAACACUUUAAGUAAUAAGUUAAGAUAAAAAAAUAAUACUAUAAAAGUAUGUUUACAGUAAAUAAAUGACUAUCAUGUAAUAAUAACUGUAAUUGAAUAUAAAAAAUAAAAAAAUUAUAAAUAGUUUAAGAGCUUUGUAAUAUACUGUAGGCUAUAUAUUUGGAAAGAAACAAUAAAAAUUUUUCAAACAAUAGUAGGAUAGUCAUUUUAACUUCAACCCUAUUUACUAUUAUUAAUACUAUUAAACAUACACAAGUUUGCAAAGAAAUAAAGGACAAAUGAUCAAUAAGUCCUUUUGAUAUUGGCAGCAUUGAUUAAUUUUUUAAGCAGCAUUUACAAAACCAUGUUUUGCUCUUUGGCUCAGACUUCAACGCAACACACUUCCUAUUCUAUUAUACCAAUUUAAGCAGUGGUCACAUCAUAUAACAAAGCACCUCAUAGUUCAUUGUCACAAGCUUGACCCAGCCAGAGGUUCGUCUUCUUGAUCGUAUCAAGCUUAGUUGUCAAAUAUGACCAAGACUUGGUCGCCGGACAAAUAUCUCGAGAACGUAUUCGUCCGGUCGCCGGACAUGUAGACACUUCGUUUAAUAAAUGAAUAAAUGAUUAAAAUUUUAUAAAAAGUUAUUUAAGUAUUAUGCCUACUGCUGUACUGUACUGUAACACUCACCACCUUACUACACUGUACAACAGCAUUCCACAAAUGGUGGUCUUUGGAGUGGCAUCAGUCUGCUAGCCUUACUUUGCUGAUACGCACAACAUGAAUAUUUAUUAUUAAAAAAAAAGAAACUAUAAUUUUAAAAAAAUUCUGACAUUGAGAAGAUUUGAGGUUUGCUUCAAAUAAAAAGAAGUUAAGUAAGCUUUAUUAGGGUAAUUACUUGACUUAUUAACUCAAUUAACUCAAGUGACCAAAAAUUAGCUGUACAAUUUUUAAUUCGAUUUAAUUAAAUUGUUAAAAAAGAAUGGUAUUAACUUUAGAAAAUGACACUGAAGAACGCUUUUUAUGAUGUUGAGCAUAUUUAAAUAUUACACUAUGGUAUUAAGUACAGUAUCAAUCAAUCUGCUUAAGAUGUUUAAGUCAAGAGUUCUGAUUUUAAACUUAACAUAAUUUUUUUUUUUUAAUCAGUUCAAGUUUAGUUCAAGUUAAUAUCAUUAACUCUUAUUUCAAAUUUUGUUUGAAAUCAUUGGACACAACAUUUUAAGUAACUAGCUAGUGGAGUAGCUAGGGGGGUUGUGGUCUGCACCGGGUGAAAACCAACCUUUGUUGCGCCACUGACUAGCUACAUCAAUUAAAGAAAAGCUUAAAUGUAUUUCAUUCAUCUUUUACUCAUUAGAAUUAGGUCAAGAUCAUAUGUGUAUAAAAAUGUUAUCAUAAGUGCAGGGGUUGUAAUAAUUAAGCCUCAAAUGUUAAACUGUACAGAUUAUAUUUAGUUUAUUAUGACAAUUUUUAAGUUUUUAAAAUUUUUCCUUUCCAUCAAUUUAUUAUAUACUUUUAGAAGGGAAUUUUUUUCUUCUCUUUAAGCAGGUUACUUUAUAAUGGGAAAACUCUUUCAGCAAAGUAUGGAUAACCUGCCCGGUGUGCUGGUGAUGUGUUCAUCAGUGAAGUUCUCAUUUAUAGCUUUGCUCAUGAUAACAAUGAUAAAUCCAUGCAUAUGCAAUCAAAUGGAUCCUCACGUCUACCCAAACCGUGGCCCAUUUUUUGAAGGAUGGUAGGUUAUCCCGUUAUAUUAUUUUAGAGGUCACUCAUCAAACAUAAAUGUCAAAAUUGAUUUUAUUUUGAGUUUGAAAAAUAAGUUUUAUCUUUAAAUUUAAAUAAGGGCUAAAAGUAUGUGAUGUGAGCAUUUUAAAGAUGGUUGGGUCAUAAGUUAAAUAAAUUAAAAUUGUCCUACUAAUAAAUUAAAGUUGCCCUACUAAUAAAUUAAAAUUUCCCUACUAAUAAAUUAAAGUUGCCCGUAUAAUAAAUUAAAACUGCACUACUAAUGAAUUAAAAUUUCCCUAUUAAUAAAUGAACAUUUUCACAGUUCUGUUAAUACAUUAAUUUCUGCUGGUCAUUGCACUUUAAGUAUUUCAUCAUUUUGAUUAUGGUCUUUCAGGUAUUUGCGAAUAAUUGACCCAGGAGAGAAUCUCUCACUAGGAUUUCUGUUUGGACUUGUCCUGCCAAUAGAACAACAUUCUCAGCAGUAUCAAAAACACUGCCACAAACUUGUGAAUCAGCUUGAAAUAAAAAGAUGUUUAAAUGAAGUCUUACAAAUGCAGAAACAUGCAUAUGACUCUAACUUAAAGGCACAUAAUUCAUCUUUUCCUCUUGUAUACACAAGCUUGCUCCUAAGUUUUAAUUCAACGACCAAACUUGACACCCCCACUGGAUUUUUCAACCCUGAUGAUUGCAGCGUCACCAAAGAUGGCAGGCCAGUUACGAAAAAUCCAGAUGAUCUGACGCCUCCGAAUUUUGAAGCUGUAAUAUCCCAAAAUCUUUCAUUUGCCGUAACUGAGAACAAAACCAUGUUUUCUGUCACAGUGGGCAAUCAUAUUUUCAAAGGAUUCACAUUUGCACCUGUCCCCUGGGGACCCGGAGGCGAAGGGCCAGAGAGCUGGCUUGAAAAGAUGCCACUCCCUAUCCACUGGUUUGUGUACAGCCUCCACUCAACUGUCAGAUAUUAUGAAUAUGUCAACCUUGAGUCUGGAAAAAUAAUAAGAGGUGGUUCCAAGCCGGGGGCACCGGUGAUUGCCCACAUGGAGAAAAAUUGGGGCAAAAGUUUCCCGAAAGCAUGGGUUUGGGCAGAGGGAGUCGACAUUGCGGCAAACGUUGCCUUCUCGUUCUCUUCUGGAGUCAUCACAGAGUUGGGAAUGGACAUCGACGCCCAGCUGUCGGGAUACAGGAAUGGGAAAAAAAAUAUUUCUUGCAGCUUUAAUCCUGUAAACAGUGUGCACACCUUAGUCCAAGAUGGAUGCUCUGGCACGGCAGUGUUGACAGUCAAAUGUUUGGAUUGUGCUGUGACAUUUGACCUUUCCGCACCCCCAGAUACUUUGAGCUACUGCCUGGCCACACCGCAGGUUGUUGGCUUUAAGAAAGGCUGUGUCGAGAGCUACGUGGCCACAGCCCGGGUCACAGUUCACCAGCGCCGUGGGGUCUCCAUGGUCCUCACAGACAGCCACACCAUUAACCAGGCGGCCCUUGAGUUUGGUGAGAAGUAUAUGUGUAAUGGUAGCUGCCCACCAGAAGUAUAUGUGUACUGGUAAGUCCCCACCAGAAGUAUAUGUGUAAUGGUAGAGGCCCACCAGAAGUAUAUUUGUAAUGGUAGGUGCCCACCUGAAAGUAUAUGUGUACUGGUAGCUCCCCACCAGAAGUAUAUGUGUACUGGUAGGUCCCCACCAGAAGUAUAUGUGUACUGGUAGGUCCCCACCAGAAGUAUAUUUGUAAUGGUAGGUGCCCACCUGAAAGUAUAUGUGUACUGGUAGCUCCCCACCAGAAGUAUAUGUGUACUGGUGGGUCCCCACCAGAAGUAUAUGUGUACUGGUAGGUCCCCACCAGAAGUAUAUGUGUAAUGGUAGGUGCCCACCAGAAGUAUAUGUGUAAUGGUAGGUGCCCACCAGAAGUAUAUGUGUAAUGGUAGGUGCCCACCAGAAGUAUAUGUGUAAUGGUAGGUGCCCACCAGAAGUAUAUGUGUAAUGGUAGGUGCCCACCAGAAGUAUAUGUGUAAUGGUAGGUGCCCACCAGAAGUAUAUGUGUAAUGGUAGGUGCCCACCAGAAGUAUAUGUGUAAUGGUAGGUGCCCACCAGAAGUAUAUGUGUAAUGGUAGGUGCCCACCUCAAUUUUGAUUUCAAUGCCUAAAAAAUCUCCCCCUGUUUAAUACUGUUUACAUUCCUUCUGAUUUAAUAAUCAUAUUAUUUAUUGAGCUGUCCUCAUAGGAUAUUUCAAACUUUUCCUACUUUUUGAGAGACUUUUUUUGUGAAGGCAUUUAAACAGGAUUUUAUGACUAAAGAAAAAUUUUGAACAUUUUUUAAUGAUCAUCGAAUGGAUUUACUUGGCAAUUUGUAUUUGCAUUUUUUGUGUGUUCAUGUUUACACCAUUGGCGCUUGGUGAAUGUUAUUCUUAUUUAUUCUCCAUUAGACUUGAUGUGUAUAUAUGUUGACUUCAAGUUUACUGCGCAAUAUGUUUUGAUAAAUAAUGAACUUGCUCAUUUAUCACUGUGAUAACUGUUACCAUGAUAUGUAUUGAGUUCUAUUGAGAUUAAACAAAUAUAUUGCUAACAGGAAUCGAUCAGGAACAGCAGCAGAGAAGUAAAUGGAUACGGAUACAAAUCCAUAACUAAUCGGAUUAUAAUCCAAAAUAUUAAAACUCAAUGUUUUCUUGUUUUUGUUUCUUGUUACCGUUAAAAGGAGAAUGACCUGGAACAAGUCCAAGUGAUUUGUUUUUUUUUUAUGUGACUUAAAAGAAAAAAAGUUUGUAUUAUAAUAUUUUACAGUGGUUCUCAACAAUUCUAAAAGCUCAGGAUUUAAAAUAUAUAUUUUUUUUUUAAAGGAUUUUAAUUGACUACUUCUUUUUAAAAUAUUUUUCUACAACUUCAUCUAUUUAUUUACGUACCUAUAUAAUCCAGAAUAAGGUUCACAGUCCUGAUUUGAUGCACUCGUUAUAGGUUGCUCUUCUAUGUAUUGAGAUUUGUCAACUUUACCAACACAAAUUAUGGUCACAAUCUGGUUUUUUUAAACCGAUUUUAUAAUACUCUUAUCAUAGCUUUGGUGCUACCUUAUCAGACUACUCUUUUCCUACCUAUAAUAAACUCUUGUGCUAUCUUAUAAAACAACUCUUGUGCUACCUAUAAGACAACUCUUGUGCUACCUUAUAAGACAACUCUUUUCCUACAUUUAAUACAACUCUUGUGCAAUCUUAUAUGACAACUCUUGUCACUUGAUAGAUUUAAUAAAAAC